GCAGUGCUGACUGUAGCUCGACGCCUCACUCCGCGCUCCCCCAUCCAUAACUGAGGUCGACUUAUUUGAUUGACGGCUCCAUAUUUUUUGUGCGAUUUUUUUUUUUUUUGUCAGUGGCUCCAGAAAGGACAAAACGGGGUAAUACACACACAGAGAGAGAGGAAAACAGGGUGAGAAAAUAACAAACGCAGCUGGAAAGAAAGUGCGAGAUCAACAACGCUGGGAGCGACCCAGGGUCAAGACUGUGAUUAAAAAAAUACAUUAAUAUUUCAAAGACAAAGGAGUGUCGACUUUUACCUGUUUCUAUAUUUUAGGGAACUUGGGGACACGCCGACAUCACAAUUAUUUUACAUAAGCGGACGGCGUAAACCGAUCACCAUGACCACUGAGAUGCAGGAGAUCGCCAUCACGGAGGAGAAGCCCUUACUGCCCGGUCAAUCAGACGCCGUCAAGGAUGCUGAAAUCGCAGCCCGAAUAUUGCUGGAUCAAGGCCAGGAACACACUGUGGAGACUCCUCACGGCGUGCUGCAUGCGACGGUUCACGGCUCCGGAAACGCUCGCAGACCAGCCAUACUGACCAUCCAUGAUGUGGGAAUGGACAGUAAGAGCUGCUUCUCCACCCUGUUUCGCUUUGAGGAGAUGCAGGAGAUCGUGAAGAACUUCACCGUGGUUCACAUUGAUGCUCCGGGACAGGAGGAGGGCGCCGCGGUUUAUCCUGCAGGAUACCAGUAUGCGUCUAUGGAUCAGGUCUCUGAGAUGCUUCCUGCUGUCCUGCAGUUUUUUAAUUUCCGCACAAUUAUCGGUGUUGGAGUCGGAGCCGGCGCUUACAUUCUUUCCAGAUUCACUCUGAAUAACCCUGAGGCAGUGGAGGGUCUGGUUCUGGUCAAUGUGGACCCAAACGCUCGAGGCUGGAUGGACUGGGCCGCACAUAAGCUCUCCAACCUGACGUCUUCCCUCUCAGACCAAAUCCUCACUCACCUCUUCAGUCAGCAAGAGCUGUCUGCAAACACAGACCUGAUCCAGACUCACAGAGAGAGAAUCACUAAAGCACCAAACCUGCUCAACAUCGAGCUCUUCUGGAAGAGUUACCUGGGACGCAGAGAUCUGAGCCUCGACAGGAACAACACGUUCAAAUGCCCGGUGAUGCUGGUGGUCGGAGAUCAGGCUCCGUAUGAGGAUGCAGCUGUGGAGUGCAACAGCAAACUAGACCCAACUACAACCUCAUUCCUCAAGAUGGCUGACGCUGGCGGGAUGCCACAGCUCACUCAGCCCAGCAAACUGACAGAAGCCUUUAAGUACUUCAUUCAAGGCAUGGGAUACAUGGCGUCAUCCUGCAUGACGCGUCUGUCCCGCUCGCGCACCACCUCUCUCUCCUCCUCGUACUCCAUGGAGGGCUCUCGCUCCCGGUCCCGCACCCUGUCGCAGGGCUCUCAGGGAGGACAGCUGCCUCCCAGCCCGUCCAACACCAUGGAGGUGUCCUGCUGAGGAGCUCCAGAGACCCAGAGAUGGAGACCAGCCAGCCCUUUAACUCUGCGGCGCGGCCCGGGCCUUUAGUCAGACCCACUCGUAGUGUUAACCAAUAGUAAUACUUCUAAUAUGAAUAUUGAUAAUAAUAAUAAUGAUAUAAGAAUAACCAUAAGCAUCACUGACAAAAAAAAAGCAAAUAAAUAAUGAUGUUUUCUCUUAUAAUUACAUGUUGAAUUUCUAAAACCGUAAGAAUAGAGAGGAGUAUAUAAGCUCAUAAUGUAUGUCUAUCAGCUAUUAUGUGAUCUGAUUUUAUUUUUUCUCUUUUUUUGGUGUGCUUUCUUUUGUAUUUUGUAUUAUAAUUAUUAUUAUUUUCAUUUUUUUUUCCAAUCCUGCUGCUGCUGUGAGAGGAGUGCAGUGUUUUCGGGGGAGACGGUGGCCGAAUGCUCGUCUCUUCUGUAGGUGACAGCCAGCUCAUGUCUUCCAUUCGCCCUUUACGAUUAAAAUAGCUAAACAUUUAACAUAUAAAAAAAUGCAAGAGAGAAAAAUACUGUAAUUAUAUUUCACUUCCAUGAUUUUGUUUGGUCUUUGGGAGUCAGGGCCUUUGCCUGUUUUGGAUUUGCAUGCUGGAAUUUCCACGUCUGUGUAUUUGAUUUGAUUGAUUUUUUUGCCGUGUGCGUUUGCGUGCGCUGUUUGUGCGUCGAGUACGUCAUAACAUCGAGAAGGGAUCGUUUGCAGCUUGCGAAGUGGAUUUAUUGUCAGUGAAACAGAAUAUUUGAUGAGAAUAAGUGGUCACACUUUAUUUUAGUGUACAAUUCACACUGUUAACAAACUAUUAGCUAAGACUUUUAGCUCAAUAUACUACUAAUUAGCUGUUUAUUAAUGGUUAUUGAGGAAGUCGUUGGGUUUAGGUAUUGUGUUAAGGAUAAACAGUUAAUAUCUUAGUAGUGAAUGGUGUAAAUUGUUGCUCAAAAUAAAGUGUUACUGAAUAAGUGUUAAUUAGGAGCUGUUUUGAUUGGGAACGUGUCUCUGAAGGUGACGGAUGAGCAGAUAAUUAAUGACGGGAGCUGUAAAGUUGUUUCAGAUUUGGAGCGAGUUUGAUGAAACAUUACGAAAACGCUCCGAUUUAAAGGUCAUUUAAGAAAGUGAGUCGAUGUAAGUUGUCAUUGGCGUUGGAAACGUGCUUCCAUCAGUGAGUGUGUUUACAUGUAGCCACAAUAAAGUGCUGAUAGCUAUCAAAAACUGUCAAUAUCACUUAUCUGGGAACCAAGAACUCUUCUUGAUUAUCCAGAUAAGGGAACUCAUGCAAAUCAACACAAAUCAUAUCUGUUGUUUUUGUCACAAUCGCAAACAUGCAUGAUAGUGAUCAAGUUGCUCAAAUGUGUUCUAGUUUUUGUGCAAAACUAGAAUGCUGAACUCUCAAAGUUUUAGAAAUGUGUAACUAUUUUGACAUUUGCACAUUUUCAGAUUUGCUUAAAUUGAAAAUGUGAUUAGGAAACAAAAAUAUUGAUCUCUAAAGCUAUUAAUCAGUGUGUUGUAAACAAAUCAAAGACAAAAACAAUGUCUACAUAUUUGAAACAAGAAUUAUUGGACAGCCAAUUAGAACUGUUAAUAAUUUUAAUAAUCACUACUCAGUCCCAAACUUCUCAUUAAAUGUCAUUUAAAAUCUUUAUAUUUUGCCGCUAUCUGUCAAACCACUAGGUUUUACCUAUUUGUCUGUAAGACGUCUUUCAAACAGAAUCAACAGUAAAAAUAAAGCGUAAUGAAUAACAAUGGAACUGGAUUCCACCUAGAAUUUAACUAGGCAUUAAAUCUUUCGGUUUAUAUCACAUCACGUUUAUUUGAUACAGACACCAUUCGGGAUAUACAAUGGGGGCUCGUCCGGGAUAUAUUUGACCUUGUAAUAUUCCACUUAAAAUAUUCCACUUUUAGUGGUUUUUAUGCACAUUUGAAACAUAUUAAUGAUAAAAAAACAUUUCUAUCUAGAUAGAAAAUACAACUGCUAAUAUUAGCACCACAGAAAGGAGGAAAGCUAUGAUUUAUGGGGGCUCGUCCGGGAUAUAUUUUUCAUACACCUCAUUUUUGACCCAUCUACACUCUUAAUAAGGUUCUUCAUUGGCAUCAGUGUCUUCAUUAGGACAUCUAUGGAACCUUUUAUUAAACAAAAAAAAAAGUUCUUUAUAGUGUGAAAGGUACUUAAGAUCAGUGUUUUCCAACCCUGUUCCUAAAGGCACACCAACAAUACACAUUUUCAACCUCUUCCUAAUCAAACACACCUGAAUCAACUCAUCAGAACAUAAGAAGAGACUGAUGUUAACCUGAUGUUAAUGGAUCAGAUAAAGGAGACAUCCAAAAUAUGUACUGUUGGUGUGUCUCCAGGAACAGGGUUGGGAAACACUGCUUUAAAUCAUAGAAAUGAACUUCACACUUACAGAUAGAAGGUUAUUUGGGAAACCAGUAAUGGGUCUUCUAUGACAAAACUGUCUUGUGUAACCUUUAUUUUUAAGAGUGUAAAUCAUUAAAACACCAAACUCCCCACCAAUUCGCCAAAGCAUAAAAGAGUUCCGAACCACCACCUUAAGACUGUGUUGGUCAAUAACAUGAUGGUGUGUUUUGGUGGCUUUUUUAUGGAUUGGAUUUAUUGGUUUGGUGUGUUUUGUAGACUUUCUUCAAAAACAGCCCAUCAUUUACACCAGUGUUUCUCAACCACGUUCCUGAAGGCCCUUCAGCACUGCAUGUUUGGAUGUUUCCUUUGUCUGUCACACCCAUUUUAGGUCUUUCAGCCUCUGCUAAUGAGCUAAUAAUCUGAGUCGGGUGUAUUUGGGUAAAGAGACAUAGAAAAUGUGCAGAGCUGGUGGUCCCCUAGAAACGUGGUUGAGAAACAGUGACUUACACCAUUAUUGAAUCCCACAUGGAAACACACUCAAUAACUAGCCUAAAUAUGAAGCAGUCAUAACCAACAACCCUGUAGUUUGACAACAAAACAUUAAGCGAGUGAUGGAUGAUUAUAGGAAUGACGGUCUUUAUAUAAGCAAAUACUAACAUGUAAGCAGGAGAUCAUUUGCCAUCUUUUGUAGCAAUCCAAUGUCACUAAUAUGAUAAUAUCUAUCUUUUCGGGGAAUCUAGUCCUCUAGUUUGCAUGUAAUUACCAUGGUGCUUAUACUGCAAUAUUAUCCAGCUAGUAGCACAACGUAGGAUUGUUUGCUUGGAAACAUUGAGCUCAUUUGUUACUUUGACUGGCCGUCGGUGGAUUUAGCGUAACCUGACUCUGGUUUGAAGUGUACUUAAAGCCAUGGUGGCGUUUAAUUCUGAACCAUAGUGACCGAUACACAGAGUAAAAACGGACAUGCCUGAGCCUGUGAGGUGCUUCAACUCUACAAAUACACAAUAAGGGAAUACGUGAUGAUUCAGAGAGCCUGUGUCAAAUUUACUUUGCUGAAUAACCAGCCCCUUCACUGCCAACUGGGUUUUAGCCAUGUUAGUCCAAUCGUCAAGCCAUCGAGAUUAGCAAGUUAACACAGCUGUAAAGUUUACAUCUUAAACAGCAGGUCAUGUGGUAUUUUAAAGAGUCCUAAUAUUGUAGUGGAUUGCCCUAUAUGUUUGCAAGGUCAGAAAACAAGGUAAUUUCCUCAGAAAAUUCGUUGAAUAUUUGAAUUCGAUACAGUUUAUUUAGAUCAAUUCAAGGCUUGAGGUCUUUAAGCCCCUCCUCUUCAACAAGACAUCUAUGCUUUGAUUGGUCAGUGUGUUUUUAUUAGUCUUUUUUACAUUAAAAAAUUUGCAUAAUUUGCAUGUAGGUGGAGAUUAUGCAAAUGUGUUACUUUGAUUAUGUUUGACAGUAAAAAGAUUAAGUAUAAGGACUCAAUAUGGUGAACUCUUUCUUUUAAGAGACAAAACCAAUGCGCAGACUGUUUACAUUGAAAGGCCACGAUAUUACAAUUUCAAAAAACCACAUGACCUGCUCUUUAUAACAUGUGAAAGUGACAUACAGAUCAUUCAAAAGAGCAUUGAAAUCACUUCGAGAUGUGAGUUUUUGCAAUAUUUGCAAGCGAUUCUCACUGAAGAAUGCUACUAAUCCAUUUCGACAAAUUAGCAGCUAGUUUGCAAGAAUUUGAAUACAAAUUGUGAAGUAUGAUCGGCAUCAUACACAAACCAUUUAUGAAAUUGUACAAAUUUACCCACAUUAGCUGGCAAUUUACCAAAAUGUGAAAGAGUUAGGAAUUGCCACGAGAUUGUGUUUGGUAUUUUUGACACUAACGCUAACACUUGCCAAUAAAAAAGCAGACCAAAACUGUUCUCAUAACUGCGAAUGCAUCGUAACAAUCACGUUCAGCACAACACUGCCCUGAAAAUAACCGUCAAUUUGGAAAGUUCUUCCAGCGAUUCAUAUGUUCGUUACGAGCGUCGGAGCACUCUGUUCGUUGAGAUUCUCAAAUCAAAUUUCAUUUGUUUUUAUCCUGAUUGAGACACAAACGUUGGAAGUAAUGGGACGCGUAAGCCGGAAACAUGGUAUUUUCUCCUCUUUCUAAUGGAAAGGGAUCAGUGUUAGAAUUUUAAUAUUCAAGACUGCAAAACUGUCGCAGAUUUACAUGAGCCUAUACCAAAAGUAGAAAUAGUUCAAAUCUGACAUGUUCUACCAAUGAAUAGAGAAAUAACCGUACAAACGUGAGAAUAUUGACAGGUUAAAGUAAAAGCAAUGAGGUAAAGGGAUGGCUUAGAUUGUGUAAUGUGUGGUAAGAACGUGUGAAUGUAAAUGUGUCCAUUUUCUUUCUUUCUUUUAACAUUUUUUUGAUUCACCUCAGUGAAACCCUUUUCACCUUUUAUUUUCUGUGAAGUAGAUCUGCGUCUCAGUGUCCUCAUGGAUUAUACAUCAGUGUGCUAGUUCUUGUGUAACUUUUUUAGCUUUAGCACUAAAAAAAGAAAUAAUGUCAUUAACAAAAAUAAAGAAAUAAAACAAAAAAAAAAUAAGAUGUCAUUAAUAACUGAAUGCAAUCAGAUUUAACUGUGUGGCUAAUUUCUCUGUGUAAUACUAUGAACAACUGGAAAAAAAAGUAAUUAAAGGGAUCAAAAUGA